AUGAAGGAUGAUGAAUCUUUUGAUGAGUUCUAUGACAAAUUGAAUAACAUUGUUAACUCUAAUUUCAACCAAGGUGAGAGGAUUCCCGAGUCCAAAAUUGUGAGGAAGGUUCUUAGAUCCUUGCCUAAGAGAUUUAGACCUAAUGUUACAACUAUUGAAGAAAGAAAGGAUCUGGAUACAGUUAAGAUAGAAGAACUCAAAAACAAAUCGAUAGCCUUGAACACUGUUAGGGAAGGGAAGUCUGAGUCAUCUGACGUGGAAACUCUUAGAGAUGAGGAGAUUGCUUGCUUUGUGAAGAAAUUUCAGAAAGUCUUAAAGGGCAAAAAAUGGCCUCAAGAGAAAAGGAGAGAAGCCCCUAGUAAAUUACAAAGAGAGAAGAAUGAUAAAUCAACUGCUGGAAACCCUGGUAAGAAAUCUCAAGAGGUUAGGUGUCAUGAGUGUCAGGGAUUUGGGCACUAUAGAAAUGAAUGUCCUAGCUUUAAAAAAAAUCUAAAGAAGGGGAGUAGCAAGGCAUUAGCUGUGUCCUUGACUGAUGAUGAUUCUAACUCAAGUGAACAAAGUGAUUCCUUAAGCAGUGAGGAGGAAAAUGGCUAUAUGGCUUUUGUAUCUACUGUCAAGAGUGAGUCAGACAAGGAGAGUGAGAAGGUUGAAGAGGAGGAAAGUCUCAAGAUCAAAAAGGUAAAUAAAGCCCUAUUUAAGAAGUUAGACGAGCUUGAGAGAGAGAAGGAGAAAAUCACCUAUGAUCUUCAAGUCUCAUCUAAGAAUCUCAGUGAAUUGAAGUGUGUCAAUGAGAAAUUAGAGGACAGGGUCAAGAUAUUGACUUGUGAAUUAGAGAAAUCUAGCACUCAACUGCGGUCAUUUGUGAGUGGAACUAAGAAACUAGACGAUCCGUUAGGAAUGAACAAACCAGCUGAAAAUAGGCAAGGUCUAGGAUUUGUGAAGAGCGAUAGCAAUGUGUCUAGUUUGUCCAAGACCACAUUUGUCCCCGCUUCCAAUAGAUCUAAUGUUUCAACCAAUUCAGAAUCCAAAGACAAGAAUUUCACUGGACUGAAGGCCACUAGAGCUCAUAAGAUUUCUACACCUAAUUUUCAUGAUCAACACUCACAUGCAUCUAAACCUAGGUUCAUACCCACUUGUCAUCACUGUGUUACCUUUGGGGACGGAGCUACGGCACCCAUCCGAGGGAAAGGCUCCAUCUCCAUUGCUGGACUUCUUACAAUAUCUAAUGUACUUUAUGUAGAGGGUCUUAAGUCUAACUUGUUGAGCAUUAGUCAAAUCUGUGAUGCUGACUAUGAAGUGAGUUUUGUCCAAAAGAGAUGUACUGUUUAUGACGCUUCCGGUGGUGUUGUUCUUGAAGGUGUUAGAAUAUCUGAUAACUGUUAUGGAGUUCUUCCAAACUCGAACUAUGUAUGCAGUAGUGCUAAAAUUGAUAUGUCUGAACUUUGGCAUCAAAUGCUCGAUCAUGUUAACUACAGAAGUCUAUCUAAAUUGGUCAAAAAGAAGAUUGUCAAUGGUUUACCUAAGAUUGAUCAAAGUGAGAAUGCUGUGUGCAAGCUGUGUCAACAAGGAAAGCAACUCAGGAUGAACCAUAAGCGAACCUUGAAAUUCUUGACAAAUAGACCCUUAGAGCUUCUCCAUAUGGAUUUAAUGGGACCAUCUAGGGGAGAGAGCCUAGGAGGCAAACGGUAUAUUCUGGUUGUGGUAGAUAACUUUUCUAGAUACACCUGGAUUGACCUGUUAAGAAAAAAUCUGAGACGGGUGAUCUGGUUAAGACCUUAUGAGGGGAUUAAGUAUGAGUUCUCCUCACCAAUCACUCCACAGCAAAAUGGAGUUGUUGAGAGGAAGAAUAUAGUGCUUCAAGAAAUGGCUAGGGCCAUGCUUCACGACAAGGAUCUAACAAUGCAUUUCUGGGGUGAAGCUAUUAACACUGCAUGUCGCAUAUGUUACAUUAUGAGGGAUAGAGAAAAUCUAGGCAAGUUUGAUUCCAAAAGUGAUGAUGGGAUUUUUCUAGGAUAUUCUAAGAACAGUAGAGUCCACCGAGUUUACAACUUGCGUACUCAGAGUGUCUUGGAAUCUGUAAAUGUUGUUAUUGAUGAUGCCUUUACUGAGGGAGAGAGUGCUGAAAAUGGGGUUGACAUAGAAGAUCUAAGUGAUGAUCAAGGAGCCACUGCUGAAAAUAAAGAGCAAUCAAUUCCAAAAUCUCCACGCUCCUAG